AUGCCAGCCACUUCUCAACCGACACGCCCGUUUCUUCGCUGGUUUUGGGGGUUUCUACAUUAUUACAUGCGACAAUUUUCUCGAUCAUAUUACAGCUGGGUUGGAAUUCCCUACGAUAAUCAGAUUGCCCAGCUUCCAUUUGUACUGAUCUUGAAAUGGUCCGAUGGUACACGGAUAGAAGAAGUCUUGGCUAUGCAAAUCGCCAGGAGAGCGGGUCUUCCAGUUCCAAGAGUCCUCUGCUAUGGCGAGCGUCUUGACACACCACACGCACCAGUCUCGAUUCUGAUGACUCGCGUGCCUGGCGAAGAGUUGGGUCAAGUAUACGAGACGCUUAAUAACGAAGACAAAGAGUCUAUUUCACGGGAGCUUAAAGGCUAUCUAGAAGUGAUACGAGGAUGGCAGAAUCCGUGGGGUGGAAACAGAAUCUGCUCUUUGUUGGGCACUGCAGUCAGAAGUGCCCGCAUUCCUAAUCAUUAUGCCGGCCCGUUCGAAUGCGAACAAGAAUUCAACGAGUAUCUCAUACAACCAUCUUGGUCAGGUGGCUUCUCAUCUGAGAUGGCAUUCAACGAUGCACUCGUGUGCACCAAGCUUAUGCGUAAGCUGUCUCAUCGCAUUGUUUUUACUCAUGGUGAUCUUAAACCCCAUAAUAUCUUGGUUAACAAGGGGCGGCUUAGAGGCUUCCUUGACUGGGAAUCCACAGGCUGGUACCAUGAGUAUUGGGACUUCACGACUGCAUUGAGGUUCACAAGAGAGGAUUUCUGGUGGUAUACCUUGGUCAUCGAACUAGGGGGAGGCAAGCACUUAGCAGAACUGACCUCUGAACGCGCAUUGAACUCUCUAACCAGCGCUUCUUAUUACUGGUGACGCAGCACUAGGCUUUUGGUUUUCAUCUUUGCGAGUAGAAACGCAUAUUUAGGCAAUUUGGAGACUUCAGGAUUCUCAGUAAGUAUUCCCUUUGCUCUCAGUGGUGCCUCG